UAAGGUUGACACUUUUUUACACCAACUACUCUCUCUCUCUCUCUCUCUCUCUCUCUCUCUCUCUCUCUCUCAAGCUUAUCCCUCUCCACCACUUGUUCUAUCUUCUUAUUCUUCUUCUUCUUUUUCUUUUGUUCUAGCCACCAAAACAAUAAUCAUCCAACAAGAUGAACAACGGUGGUGAACAAUACUCUGCUAUUGAGACACAGUACAUAAGAAGACAUCACAAACAUGAUUUAAGAGACAAUCAGUGUUCCUCUGCACUUGUUAAACACAUCAAAGCCCCUGUUCAUCUUGUUUGGUCUCUGGUUAGAAGAUUUGAUCAGCCACAGAAAUAUAAACCAUUUGUUAGCAGGUGUAUUAUGCAAGGUGAUCUUGGCAUUGGAAGUGUUAGAGAAGUGAAUGUUAAAUCUGGUCUUCCAGCUACAACUAGUACUGAGAGGUUGGAACAGCUUGAUGAUGAAGAACAUAUUCUCGGUAUCAGGAUUGUUGGUGGCGAUCAUAGGCUCAGGAACUAUUCCUCCGUAAUCACUGUCCAUCCGGAGGUUAUUGAUGGAAGACCAGGUACAAUGGUGAUUGAAUCGUUCGUCGUGGACGUGCCUGAAGGGAACACGAGAGAUGAAACGUGUUACUUCGUAGAGGCGUUGAUCAGGUGCAACCUGAGUUCUUUAGCGGAUGUCUCGGAGAGGAUGGCCGUGCAGGGUCGAACCGAUCCUAUCAAUGUUAAUCCGUAAGAAUGUAUAAAGGGUUAUGAUCCUUUGAUUUCUGAUCCCAAGUCCAAGUUUGGAGUAUGGUUGGAAACAUGAAUUUUAUUCCUCACAAGUUUUGGAUGUUUUGUUUUUCUUCUCUUAUCAUGGACACAUUACAUUCUCCCCAAACCAUAUCCCUACAACUUUUUUAGAUGUGUGUUCUUGUUUCGAAAACCGACGUUAGGAUCCUCUCCGCGAGCGAGCUCCGCUCGGGGAGAGGUUAUCGACUAUGGUUUUUGUAUGAGGAUCUAGAUUUCAUAAACACACGUGAGUUUGGGAAUGGAAAAGUUGUUUUUUUACUUGUUAAAUUCUUCUUGGAUUUUGUGGAUGGUGUUCUGUUAUUACAGUUAUUUGUAAAUACUUUUGUUGGAAAAAAAAGACUAUUUAUGGUUUU